ACCAGAUGAAGUUCAAAUUCAAGAAGCUGCAUGUCCCAUCCAUCUUUGUUGACCGCUGUACACGAUGUGCUCGUGCACUCCACGUUGCCUGUCCAAGCAACCGAGUCUGCUCAUCCUCUCAGCACUGAAUAUACUACAGUAACUGCGCAACUUGGUGCAGUCAUCAAUACAACUCACCGCCUAAAUCAUGCGCUGAACCAGCUUAAUGAUCUGCCCCUUGGCGAAAACGCCACCAAAUUCGUGGCCCUCAUGAAGGAGCACACGGCUUUGACAUCUUCGAUCAACCAGUCAGCUGCUGCCUCUGCUUCCCUCUCGUCUCUGCUGCGAGGAGACAACAGAGCAGUUUAUCCAGACACAAGUCCUCCCCAUCCUGCAAAGAUCGCGGAAUGGGGGCGUAAUCUUGGCAUGGAAGUUUUCGUAGACGGAUCGACGACUGUUCUCGCAGGCAAAGUGCUCGUACUGGAUAUUGAUAUUAACGACCAUGUCGUUGUCAAGACGUCCUUCGCCAAUAAUACAAACAGUAACGGGAACUCAGCGGCAGCACCAGAGCUAGACGCCUUUCUCGCGCGGGAAGUAACCCACUGGAUCAAUGCAGCGAGACGCGCUGCUGGCAGAGACACAGCUGUCGGACACUCAAGAGAGGAUCCUGCGAUUGAAGCUGCACGCCGUAGCCGUGCAAUACAGGAACACUUGCGAUAUCUCAUGAUGCUCGACGGGCUCGCGUCCUCUGAGAACGAGAAAGGACUUCGUUGGUUCAUGGAGCCAGCUGUAGUCUCAGAUCACAUUAGAAAGCAGGUUGCUUCACUACAGCCGCAAACUCUCGACAAAUUCUUGACACAACAUGCCCUUCCCCUACCCUUUCUCGUUACUCCUUCGCUAUCAUUCAUAGUCUGGCUUUCACCCCGUGCAUAUCUUCAACUCCUUCGCAGCUCUCCGCCAUCCAAACAAUCGUCAAUGUGGAACAUUGACAUCCCUAUGACUCAUCUCAUGACAUCGCUGCUUGAUACUCUAGAAGAUGUCACCAUCGCUACGCUGAAAUUGGUCCCUUGCACUGAAGUGGCAAAGUCCAAGAUGAACUCGAGCGAUGUCCCUGGAGAUCACACGCUUCUGACUACCCCUUCGCAGAUGUGGGUGCUCGAUUUCACCGCUAAGCUACCACAGAAUGGCGUGGUGAUGUGCCAGAACCGCAUGCGUGUAAUUCAAGGAAUCGUCGAGUCUCGACCCAUCGACCUGAUCUCAAUGGGGAGCAUGUCUAGCAUUGGCUCAAUGUCGAGUCUAGGUAACAUGAGCAAUAUGAACUUUGGAGAAUUUGGUGUGGCGUCUUCACAGACAAAUGGAAGCGGAGGAACUGGUAGAAGUUGGGUUGACUUAUUGGUCAAUAAAAAUUCAUCAGCAGAAUACUACACUGCAACUUAUAAAUCACCAAAUGACAUCCAUCCGCCGCUACAUCUUCGCCUUCUAGCACCUCUGGAACCAGGCUUUCUCCUGCAGAGAGUUCCGGUGAGGAGCGUAAAACAAAUCUCGCAAGUAUUAGAGGUUGUUAGAGAACAAUGCUGGCUCAACGAAUCACUGAGCAUAGUCCAGUGGUCGCCCGAACCCCAAGUGCUGCAAUCACCUCAACGACCGUCAAAUGCAGAACAAGGAACGCAACCAGAAGACGCGGCAUCAACUACUCUACUCGCCUCGGUCCUCGCAGGAACGAUCACGCCGCAAUCUAUUCCAGUGAACGUCUACCUCCCCUCCAGUGCUCUAUCGACAUUGUCCCAACCGAUCGAUCCGUUUACAUCACAACACAGCGGGCUUGGCAUGGGUCCUCCUGCAAGCGCAGGCUCCAGCAGUGGUGCAAGCUUGUUCGGUCCGGGCGACUUGGAGAUGGACAUGGACAUUCCAGGGCUGAGCAUGAGCAUGGGUGGGGGUGUGGACAUGGAUCUCGGUAUGGAUCUUUCAACCUCUGCUGAUCCCAUGCAGCAGCCACAUGGUCCCGAAACAUGCCCUCCUCCAAUGAUCGUGCUCACUUCACCGAGGCAUGUGCCUAGGAACGGGCUGGUCGAAAUACGGGUUACGUUGGGAGGGCAUGGUAGUGUAGUUGGGGAAAAUGGUGUUUGGGUUGAAGCCUCUCCAGGUGUUGAGACAGGAUAUAUGUCAGAUGUUGUGAGACGGGGAGGGGUGUGGAGUCUUCCUGGGCGAGUGUGGAACAAAGGAUAGUCAGUUGUUGGCUGGGAUGAAAGGUUCAGCAAGAAGGAUGUACCGUUGCUUAUGACUUGAAAUGAAGCUUGAAAGCUUGAGGAGCA